CCAGAGCUGGGCCAGCCCUGCCGAGGAGAGCCAGGCGAAGAGGCUCCGCACCCCGGCCACACGUCCCCGCUCCCAGGAACAUGCGCCAGCCUGCACUCUGAACUUAUGGAGCCCGACAACGCUGCCGAGCAAGAGAGCCACAAUGACUCCCCCCCUGAGCGAGCCGGCCGGAGGCGCAGCAUGCCUGGUAGCGCUGCAGAGAAGACCCCCACCAUGGAGCCCGCCGCAUCCACGCCCUUCCGGGUCACGGGCUUCCUGAGCCGCCGGCUGAAGGGCUCCAUCAAGCGCACGAAGAGCCAGCCUAAACUCGACCGCAACAGCAGCUUCCGACACAUCUUGCCCGGGUUCAGGAGUGUGGACAAUGACAGAUCACAUCUGAUGCCGAGGCUGAAGGAAUCACGGUCUCACGAGUCGUUACUCAGCCCCAGCAGUGCAGUGGAAGCCCUGGACCUCAGCAUGGAGGAGGAAGUGGUCAUCAAGCCUGUGCACAGCAGCAUCCUGGGACAGGACUACUGCUUUGAGGUGACCACCUCAACUGGAAGCAAAUGUUUCUCAUGCCGGUCAUCAGCAGAGAGGGACAAGUGGAUGGAGAACCUAAGGCGAGCCGUGCACCCGAAUAAGGACAACAGCCGCCGUGUGGAGAACAUGUUGAAGCUAUGGAUCAUUGAAGCAAAGGAUCUGCCGGCCAAGAAGAAGUACUUCUGUGAGCUGUGCCUGGACGACACCCUCUACGCACGGACUACCUGCAAGCUCAAGACAGACAACGUGUUCUGGGGCGAGCACUUUGAGUUCAACAACCUGCCCGCUGUCAAGAGCGUGACCGUGCACCUCUACAAGGAGACAGACAAGAAGAAGAAGAAGGACAAGAACAACUACGUGGGCCUGGUCAACAUCCCCAUCGCGGCUGUGACUGGCCGGCAGUUCGUGGAGAAGUGGUACCCCGUCAGCACACCCAACCCCAACAAGGGCAAGGCAUCGGGACCCAUGAUACGCAUCAAGUCGCGCUACCAGAGCAUGAGCAUCCUGCCCAUGGAGAUGUACAAGGAGUUCGCAGAGUACACCACCAACAACUACAUGCUGCUGUGUUCCGUGCUGGAGCCCGCGCUCAGCGUCAAGAACAAGGAGGAGAUGGCCUGCGCUCUGGUGCACAUCCUGCAGAGCACGGGCAAGGCCAAGGACUUCCUGACAGAUUUGAUGAUGUCCGAGGUGGACCGCUGUGGGGAGAACGAGCACCUCAUCUUCCGGGAGAACACCCUGGCCACCAAGGCCAUCGAGGAGUACCUCAAACUGGUGGGCCAGAAGUACCUGCAGGACGCUCUGGGUGAGUUCAUCAAGGCGCUGUACGAGUCAGAUGAGAACUGCGAGGUGGACCCCUCCAAGUGCUCUUCAGGGGACCUCCCUGAGCACCAGAGCAACCUGAAGAUGUGCUGUGAGCUGGCCUUUUGCAAGAUCAUCAACUCCUACUGUGUGUUCCCACGCGAACUGAAGGAGGUGUUCGCAUCAUGGCGACAGGAGUGCAGCAACCGGGGGCGACCAGACAUCAGCGAGCGUUUGAUCAGCGCCUCACUGUUCCUACGCUUCCUGUGUCCCGCCAUCAUGUCACCCUCACUCUUCAACCUGAUGCAGGAAUACCCCGACGACCGCACUGCCCGCACGCUCACCCUCAUCGCCAAGGUCACACAGAACCUGGCCAACUUCGCCAAGUUUGGCAGCAAGGAGGAGUACAUGUCCUUCAUGAACCAGUUCCUGGAGCAUGAGUGGACCAACAUGCAGCGCUUCCUGCUGGAAAUCUCCAACCCAGAGACCAUUUCCAACACGGCAGGGUUUGAGGGCUACAUCGACCUGGGCCGCGAGCUGUCCACUUUGCACUCCCUGCUGUCCGAAGUGGUGUCCCAGCUGGAGCAGAGCAUGGCCUCCAAGCUGGGCCCACUGCCGCGCAUCCUGAGGGACGUGAAUGCUGCACUGACCAACCCCGCCAGCAUCCAGAUGUCCAUCCCCUCAGAGCGCAUGGCAUCCCCGCCUGGGGCCAGCUGCAGCAUCUCCACUGGCCUGCAGAAGAUGGUCAUCGACAACGACCUGUCUGGGUUGGUUGACUUCACACGCCUGCCAUCACCAACCCCCGAAAACAAGGACCUGUUCUUUGUGACGAGGAACUCAGGGGUGCAGCCUUCACCCGCUCGCAGCUCCAGCUACUCAGAGGCCAAUGAGCCAGAUAUGCAGAUGCCCAAUGGAAGCAAGAGCCUCUCCAUGGUGGACCUGCAGGACAACCGCAGCCUGGAGGGUGGGCCUGGAGCGCCAGCGGGCGAGGGCCCCAACGACAGCCAGUCCCCUGUGGGGCCGGUGGGCGGUGGUGGGGUGUGGUCGGCACGGACACCUCAGGGCGGAGCCGCGGCCGCAGCAGGCGGGCCCACCCUGAGGAGGGCCGGGCAGACCCCCACCACACCAAGCUCUGAGAGCGUGCCGGGCCGGCCACAGCUGCUGGCACCGCUGUCCUUCCAGAACCCGGUGUACCAGAUGGCGGCGGGGCUGCCUGUGUCACCGCGCGGCGUGGGCGACUCCGGGUCCGAGUGCCACAGCUCUGUCAGCUCCCAGAGCAACAAUGAGGACGGUGGUGUCGGUGGUGGGAAGCUGGGCUUCCUCAACCACGGUGGGGGUGGGGGUGGGGGCAGCAGCGGGGACGACUUUGCCCGGCGCUCCGGUGAGUUCACCCGUCGCCAGCUGUCUCUCACCGAGUCCCAGCACCAGCCCACUGUCCCGCGGCAGAACAGCGCCGGCCCCCAGCGCCGGAUAGACCAGCCUCCGCCCCCAACCGUCACCAGGGGGCGCACACCCCCCAACCUACUGAACACGGCACCCUACCCCCGGCCCUCCAGUGGCAGCAUGAUGUCCUCGUCCCCGGACUGGCCGGGCAGCGGGGCGAGGCUGCGCCAGCAGUCCUCCUCCUCCAAGGGGGACAGCCCUGAAACCAAGCAGCGCGCCCAGCACAAGCAGGCCCCCUCCCCAGUGAACCCCAAUGCUCUGGACCGCACCGCCGCCUGGCUAUUGAAUAUGAAUGUGCAGUAUUUAGAUCACGAGGGAAUUGACCCAGAUUCCAAACACAGGGAGGACCUCAGAAACACAGAGGAGCUCACUCAAACUGAAAAGUACCAGCAGGAGAUAGCCAUCCUGCAGGAGAAGCUGCGGAUCUCAGUUGCAAAGCUGGAGGAGUAUGAGUCCAGGCUGAAGGGACAGGAUGACCAGACCCAGAAGAUGCUGAUGGAGUACCAGGCCCGGCUGGAGGAGUCAGAGGAGAGACUGCGCCGGCAGCAGGAUGACAAGGAACUGCAGAUGAAGGGAAUCAUCAGCAGGUUAAUGUCUGUGGAGGAGGAGCUGAAGAAGGACCACUCGGAUAUGCAGGCCGUGGUGGACUCCAAGCAGAAGAUCAUCGAGGCGCAGGAGAAACGCAUCGCCUCCCUGGACGCGGCCAACGCGCGCCUGAUGAGUGCCCUGACACAGCUGAAGGAGCGCUACAGCAUGCAGACGCGCAACGGCAUCUCUCCCACCAACCCCACCAAGCUGCAGAUCACCGAGAAUGGAGAAUUUAGGAACAGCAGCAACUGCUAGGGGGCGGGGCCA